UUUUUAAGUUCUUCUGUUCGUGCAAAAUCAUGUAUAAUUAAAUAAUUAUAGUCAGACAUGAAACUAAUUAUUUAUUAAAAAAUAUAUACAGCUAAAUAAAUGCAUUUAUUAAACACCUAUGCACCAUUCCGACUGUAACCUGUGUAACCGACUGUAAAACUUCCAAACGUGCCAAAAAUGCUAGUGGCAUUGCCGCGUUGCACGGCAAGCGAUAUUUGCGGAACCAGGAGAGCCGUAACGGGCGUUGCCCCUGUCACUAAAACGCCGCUCCAAAGUUCUUAUGAGUGUUUCGGCCUCCGCACACCAAGGCUUCGCCCGACCUUAAAGUGUAAAGGGCGCCGCUAGUACCCUGCAUGUAUGAGCGCGCUAGGCGCGCUCUAAAUGUUGGGCUUCACCCGGACUCACGGCGUAAAGGGCACCGCAGGCGCCCUGUACGUCAGAGCGCGCAAAGCUUAUAGUGUAAAGGGCGCUGCAAGUGGCCUUUAACCGACCCUACAGUCUGAAGCCUGCCGCAGGCGCCCUGUAUGUAAAAGCGCGCUAGACACGUUCUAAAUGUUUGGCUUCGCCCGGACUUACAGCGUAAAGGGCACCGCAGGCGCCCUGUAUGUCAGAGCGCACAAAACUUACAGUGUAAAGGGUGCCGCAGGCGCCCUGUAUGUAAGACCGUGUGAAGCCUUUCGGCCUUCGCAUCUAGACAUUUGUGCUAUUGUUCUGUGUUUAGACACAGAAAUCGCGCCUCUCUCGAACGCUUCAAGUAGUAAUUUGUUUACGUAUAAAAUAUAAAAAUAUACUACAACUAAAUGAACUUAUUAUUUUAUGGGGAAUUGUGUAUUGUGCUGGAAAUAAAAAAGCACCAAAUAAUGAAAACAAACACACUAUGCAUAAAUCCCGGUUUUCCACUUUCAAGUAAAAGAUUGGCGUUAUUUCAUUCACAGAAAUUUUAUCAAAACUCGUGCCUAGCCAAUUUACUUUAAUUGACAUAAUACAAUAAAUACAAUUCGACACACUCGUGUUCGUAUAUAAUAACGUAUGUGUAAAUUCCGGUGCCACACGAAUCCUACGAGCCUACAUUUUUACUUCAGAUUAAAAUGAUUCGAGGACUGUUCCUGAUCGUCUUGGUGCUGCUGGCGGCCGCUGCAGUACAAAGUCAGAAACAAUGGUUAAAACGCCGGGCAAUUGAUGCGCUCGUGGAUUUAGAUAGAGCGGAUGCACAAGCGCAAGCGGCAGUACGCGCUUACGCGGCAGCACACGCGGAAGCGAAUGCACGAGCGCAAGCGUAUGCACGCGCGAAAGCGACAGCGGCCGCGGGUCAGCCUUACAGGCGUCAAACUAAUAUUAGGAUUUUGCUUGAAAAACGUUGACAUGGUUGAAUCUGAUUUCUUUGCCGAUGACUAAGUAUAAUACAAGUAUUUUAUUGUAAUUAUACAUAUUAGGCUGGCAUCUGUUGUUAUUUAUUUUCCCCUUCCUACCACAAAAUGUAGAAAAACGCAACUUCAUUCAAAACGAGAACUCGCUGAAUAAAAUGACGUUCUCUUACGGCCCGAUUCGAAGAAUGCAAUUCGAUAACGAUAAGUUCUGGUUUAGAUAAGUUGUCAUUUAGAUAUCGAUUAUACGUCGUGUAAAUGACAGAAGUAGCUCGAUUCGGGCAACCAAUGAGUUAGAAAUAUCGUAGAUAGAUCUUAUUGGAAUCUACACGAGUUCUCUUUUAACUAAAUUGUUUAUUAUUAUUAUUUGGUAUUACAAGGAAGACAUAAAUAUUUAAACAGAAUAUCAGUCGUGCAUAUUAAUAACUUUGGAAAAAAUAAAGCGAAACGGAGGGCGUGGCUAUGUGAGCGAAACAAAAAUUGGAUACAAAUUUUCAAGCUAAUAACUACUACUGAUACCACUAAUUAAAACUAGAAAACAAUCAGAGAAAUGGGCAAAGAAAAUGGGGAAUUCGUUUGUACGGAAAAGCGGAUAGGUGACGUCGUCCCCUUUCCUGAACACAGAGUGGUCUUUUCUGGAACAGCAAGACCAUUUUUUUCUGAAUUACCCAUAAUUAGGGUGAUCUAGUGCAUCGAUAAGAGUACGCAACACAAAACGCCAAGAAGCUUUUUAGGACACGCACCUAACUUAUGUAGUACGUUUGACGUUUGCUCAUGCGACAAUUCCUCCAAACAGACCAUCGAACACUUGAUUAAAUACUCGUACUGCCCAAGAUGCGCCCACGAGACAAUCUGUGAAAAAUACCAAAGUAUAGAUCCCUUCAACAUAAAACAAAUAAUUGAAAAAGAAGACACGCUAGACUCACUUAUACACCGUGUUUUUAUUGAAUUGCGUUAACUCCGGGGUUUCGGUAAGUACGUUUAAGGAAACUAAAUGGCAUAGUUAAUUUUCAAAAAAAAUAUUUUUUUUUGUUUUUUUUUACUAUUUUUAUUUUUAUAAAAAGUAACUAAAUGUUGCAUAUAGCGUUGUUGUAACACGGGCAUUACAUUUAACUCAACGAAACAAUUGAAAACUGUGACAUAUCAAUGUCAUUUCUAACAUCGAUCGUCCGAGAUAGUACGUAAGUUUAGUAGCAAAUGUAUGAACUCGCACUAAACACUAACUAAUAAGUAAACAGGUCCUAAAGCAAGUGUACACGCUCGUAAGGGCCUUAUAAUAUAAAAAUUUAUGAUUGAUUAUCUCCGAAAUGGAGUUAGUUAGAAUAUCGGUAUCUUUGAGAAAGUUACUUAAUUUAAGCUCAGGAAUGCACCCUCGAAAUUAAUGCAAAUCAAAAAAAACACGGUGUAUAAUACACUAAAUAUAUAAUAGACAAACUAAAGACUUUCAACAAAACAUAGAAACAUAACUUACCAGAUCGCACUUUUAGCGCCGCCUAUCAAGGCGAAAACUUGAAACACGGCCGCCCGUAACAUCGGGGACCAGUCUCAAUAAAAUGAACAUAAUCAUCAAUAACCACAACAAUAGACAGUAUACCUAUGAAACAAAGAGCAACCGGCCGCCCGUAAUUCUAGCGAGAACCGAUUGACUCUACAAACGGAAAAAAACUAUAUGGUUGUCUGUAAAGUCGGUUUACUGACGAUAAUUUGGCAUGAUAACGUCAUUGAUGAAAGAAAACAUUGAUGAAAAAUUGCAUAUUGCUUACAACGUUACCAUGGAGAUCUGUCAACAACGUUACCAUGGAGAUCUGUCUACAACGUGGCACUUUUUCGUGCAUGCUAGCGGUGUUCAUCAAUUUAUAAGACUUUAUCACGUCAAAAACUUAUGUCGUACUUUGAAUUAAAUGCAGCUUAAAAGUGCUUUGCAAAAAAUAAAUUAAAACUUAAAGAAAAUACAGGAAUUACGUAAGUUUAAAGGAUGGCACACGCUGGGGCCGGACCGGUGCUUCCAGACCUUCCAGUGCUUCGUUUUCUAUAUAUAUAACCACGUAAUCACCGAUCAGCCGUCAUAGAAAAUGACGUGUACAAACAUAAAUGGGUGGAAAUUGCAGACAAUACCUGCGUUCAUCUUUGUCUUCACUUGUUUUUUUGGGCCCACUCAAUAUUCGCUCGCGAACCACCAAUGCGUCGUGACCCAUAGUUUGGGAAAUGCUGCCAUAGAUUAUUCAAUAUUCAAAAAUUUAUUCUGCAAGUAGGCCUCAAGGGCUCUUUUACAAAUCAAUACAACAUAUAGUAACAUCAUAUGGUGACAUGAAAAAUACAUAAACUUGAAGCUUUGCCUCAAUAAGGCUUCUAUAAAGCCUAAUUAGUCAAUUGUUUCCAAUGUUGUUUGAAUAAUUACCUUUAUUUUUCUUUAUUCUUCCAUUUAUUAUUAUUCCUUUCGUGGGAAAACUAGAGCGUUUAUAAACAAAGGAAUCCACUGGUGCUAAAUUAAAUGCUGAUAGUUUUAAUAACCAUGAUCAUAGACAAGUAAAUAAAAAAGACUGGAAGUGAGUAGUAAAUAUCGACAUUAUAAUGCUCCCAAUCAAGGGCGUUGUCCUUCUCUUGGCAACUCUCCCCUCCCUCUCUAGAGAAUAAAGUUUCUAACUAAAUUUAUGCCUCUCCCCUCCUCCUUGGUCAUCGGCUAUAUGAACCCCCUCCCCCUCCCAUAAGCUGGCCACGCCCAUGCGCCUAAUAUGAUACAGAUAUGAUGAUCGUUCUUGUCUAUGUGUCUAAAACGGUGUCCGUCACUUUCAAUCGCGCGGCCUUAAAAAGUGACGGUUGUUUUAUCACGUGGAUAAAACCAUCCAUAAAUCGCCUUCUUGACAUUAUUUGGCAAGAAUACUGCAAACUUUAUUAUACCACGAACCACUGACACCGGUAACUUCUUGAUGACGGAGGUUUUGUAUGCACAUUUACUUACAAUCUUAAUUAUUAACAUGUCUUUUUUAAAUUCUCAAAUAAAAUAAAACUAACCGUAACUUCAGUGGUCAUAUUUAUCUAGACUUUUGGAGAAGUAUGUUCUUCGAGUCCGCCGAAAAUGACAACACAAACCAGGGACCGUGCAUUAGACUUAGACUACAUGCGUGUGAUCCGUCUAUACCUCGACACGAUCGCUCAUUGGCCGAACGAAAAAUUCGGACCCAAAACCAUGCGUACGCGCAUCCUGUCCAUAUAUCAUAUCUCAAUAUUGACAAUGCUCGUAGCAGUAGUUGCUGCUGAGAUCUUGGCGUUGUUUUUCGUCCGAGGCAGAAUGCCAACUCAUGGUUUUAUUGAUUUGGGGCAGGAUUACUUGUCUAUUUUGAUAGGCUGCGUAAUGAUUCCAAGACUGACACUAAUACUCCAAGAAAAAUACUGUUCACAUAUAAAAACCUUCGUUUCAAAAUUUCAUUUACUGGAACAUAAACAUGAAUCUGGAUUUGCCGCUAAGGAGUAUCAGAAGGUCAACAAAAUUUGCAGAAUUGCAACCAUGAUUAUUUUGCUGGAGUGCCUCCUUGGGCAAAUGAUGUUCAACGUGGUCCCAUUAUAUGUAAACAUACAAGCAGGAUUGUUCACGUCCCGUGACAAUAGACCACAGAAUGUAACCUUCGUUCACUCUUUAAACUAUUAUUUCAUAAUAGACCAAUACAAUGAUGCGAUUGGUUAUGGCAUAGCCUCUUUUAUAAACGCUUACGUUUCAUACAUGUGUGGUGUUGAGUUCUGUGGCAUAGAUUUAUUAAUUUAUAUAAUGGUCUUCCACAUAUUGGGUCAUUUUAACAUACUGGUGGAUAAAAUGAGAAACUUUCCGAGACCAGUAAACUUUCCUGAUGAAUCUCAAAAAUAUUCUGAGCGACAGUAUAAUGAAGAAGCAUUAAAAGUUUUGAAGAAUUUAAUACAACAUGACCAGUUAAUUAAAGAAUUCAUGAACAAUACGUCUAAGACGUUUAGCAUCACCCUUUGUAUUUGCCUUUUGUUCCAUCAGGUUUCUGGAUGCAUUUCGCUUCUAGAAAUUUCUCCGAUGACUGCUGAGGCACUGACACGAUAUGGUCCCUUGAUAUUAGUGUUGUUCAAUCAGCUGAUACAGAUGUCGGUGAUAUUCGAACUCAUAAGCUCCAAGAGUAACAAACUCUCGGAUGAAGUAUAUGCGCUGCCGUGGGAGCUGAUGGACGCCAAGAACAGGAAGACCAUGCUGCUCUUCCUCGUGAAUGUGCAGCGGCCCAGGGGUCUGAAGGCUGGUGGUUUGGUUUCUGUGGGUGUGCUUACUAUGGCUCAGAUUAUAAAAAACUCAGUUUCUUAUUUCUUAAUGUUAAGGACGCUUGGAAACUUUUAAUGGUAAAAUGUGGUACAAACAUGAACAGACACAAUAUUUUGAAAUGUAGAUUCAGUUUUUACAUUAAGUUACGUACCUACUUGCAAUGUUAACAUAACUAUGGAUAGGUUAUAUUCAUACUUAAUGAGCACAAAAAUACUUGUAUGUAUAUGUUUAUUUCAUUAUCACAUUAGACACCUCACACACACAAAACAACACGAAAUAUUCAUUUAUACACGUUUGCACAAUGACACAUUAAUCAAUCAACUGAGUCAACCAGUAGGGCUACGAUGGUCGGCUCUUUAUCAUUCGUCACCAUACCUGUCACGUUCUAACAAGUAUGUAAGCGCGAAAGUGACGGGCAUAGUAACAAGUGAUAAAAAUGGAACCAUGAUACCGCUGCAGGGAUCGGAACCGGUUUUUUGCAAAAACAUCGAAAUAACCAUAUAUUUCGGUUUAUUUUAUACUCUAAAUGUAGGACUCAGUUGUGUUUUCAGAUAACGAGUUCGUAUUAUUAGAUUGCCUAAUUAGAAAUGAAGUAAUUAACAAAGAACGAAAAAAUACCGUUUUCGUUCCCAUACAAAAAAUACCGGUUUCCGAUCCCUGGAGUCAACAAAUAGAAUGAUCUUUAGUUAGAUAACUUUUUCUUUCUCCAUGGACACGUGGUCGCCCAUUUCUGAAAUGCCAUCUAGUAAUAAUUCACCUUGAGAGUAUGUGACGUCUAGGUUUAGUGCGUGAAAGCUACAACAGAUGUCGCAAGAGAGGUAUUUCGACACCAUUUCAACGCAUGUUAGUUGUAAGAGUAUUAUUAGCUCCGUGCGCCAUUUAGUUCGUUACUAUAAACUAAAAAAUUGCCUACAAGUAUUAGAUACUUACGAGUAAGACGGCACGCUUUUAUAGAUGAGAUUGGGUAUCUGAACUAGUAUUAUAUGAUCUGUGAUUGACACAGUACCUAGCUACUUACAUCUUUUAAUUUUCAUGAAAAUACAAGGUGUAACAAAAAUAGCGGGGAGCCGUUUAAAUGCGAAAAGUUUUUGCCCUUUUUAUGCAUAGGAGGGUUGGCCCAGGCCGACUUGGGCGACCUGCUCUAUAUAGAACAAAAUUUAUAUUUUCGACAUUUUUUUUCCUGUUUACUACACGAUACAGAAUAUGCCCUGAAACGGAUCCCCAGUAAUUUUGUUACACGUUGUAUAAACCAUAAUAGGUUAUUAUAUAAAAACUACUUAAAAUUGUUAUGGUUUGAAAACUUGUUUUAAUUUAAAAUAAACAGAUCUAAUUCCAUGGGACA